ACAAAGACGAAUUCGGAGUGUUGCAAAGCGAGUUAAAUCACAGCUGUUGAACUGAUGUCGUUAUGCAUCACUUAUAUUUGUAUACGCGUAAAUUGUAGUGAUUUUUUUAUUAAAUUAUGGCAAGUGUUUUGUUAAAGUGCUAAUUAGUCAUUAGAGAUGUAAAUUUUGGCGUGUAGCUUAUUAUUACCUAAAGUCAAUUUGCUCGCUGGAGAGAGAAUGUACUUUCCAUUGGGCUGGCCAAAGCGCGUCUGCCUGGCGCUCCCUGGCGAAACCACUCACAUAAAUCACAUUAGUUGUGAUGGUGUUAAAAUACUCGUCGCGGCCGUCGGCUCGGAUUUUCUGGGCAUUUGGUAUGCGAACCCGCUUCUGCCCAUUGCCUAUUAUCGGCGCACCGUGGAAUCUCUGCAGGAGUUUGGCAACAAUCAAUUGAUUAUAUGGAAGCCCGACUCCAGGCAGCUGGCCGUGCUAACGGAUGCUGGUGCCCUGUUGUUGUAUCAACUGGACUUCGAUGCCAACGGCAGUGGAAUAUUGAUGCAGGUGGACCCGCCUGCAGUGAGUCUGAAAAGAGAUUCAGCCGAGCUGUUCAUCAAGGAAAAUAUUCCCCGCCUGAGUCUCCGCGAAGUGCGCUGCUUGAAGCUGGACGUUGUCAUCUCCACUGUCUGCUGCAUCAGCCUCAGUGAGCUGCUCCUGGCUACGGAAACAUGUGAACUGCUGCGAUUGCAGUGGUCACAGCUCGAAACGGUUUCCGAGGACCUGAAGCCGCUGGCUGUUAUCAAACUGCGUGACAUUCCCUUCUACGUGCAGCAACAGCARCAGCAGCCCGUCAAAUAUUUGCCCGCCAUGGGCAACUCGGCCUUUGUGGCCAGCCUGGAGUAUUCUCCCUUCAUUGGCGGAUGCGCUGCUGUCUUCAGCGAUCAGCGGGCAGCGUUCCUCAUAGCUGAUCAUCUGCGUUUCGAAACGGUGCACAUGCACGGCUGUUGGGUGCCGGAUGUGAUGGAUGCGAGCGUCUGCAGCGUCAAUCACAAGUUCCGACUGCUCGCUUACGGCCAGCAGAGCUCGGCGGUGGCUGUGUAUGCAAUAGACGACGCCACAGCAGGCCUGGAAUAUUCGCACAGGCUUGUCUUGACGGAGAAUGUGCCGCCUGGCAGCUUGGGUGCUGUCAACGAGCUCAAGUGGAGUCCCGAUGGUUGUGUGCUCGCCGUGAGCUGGGAAAAUGGUGGACUGUCGCUGUGGAGCACCUUUGGAGCGUUGCUGAUGUCCACCCUAAGUUGGGAUUUUGGGCUGCAUGUGGAUUUGGUUARGCAGAAUCCCCUGCAGCUGCGCCGUCUCGAAUGGUCCACCGAGGGCUAUCAAUUAUUUAUGACCACACGUGAUGAGAAGAACAAUGUCCUGCAGCUGCAGUUCGUGAAGAGCGCUUUGAGCAUGAAUCCCUGCAUGACUGCACACCCACACAUCCUGCUGCAGGGCGACGAUUGCUUGUACAUAAAUCAGGGCGAUAAUCUGGAGCUGACUUACGGCAAUGCCAAAUGCACAUUCCCCAGCAGCACCGCCACUGGCCAAAACGACGAUUGCCUGGAGCUAAAGCAAAGCCCCAACAUGGGCAGCAUUCUCACCGAGAGCAAAUACUGGACCCUGCUGCAGCUGCCGCUCAAUUACGCAGCCACCAAUUGGCCCAUUCGCUAUGCAGCCAUUGAUGCUGCCGGCUUGCAUCUGGCCGUGGCAGGACGCACCGGCCUGGCCCACUACUCGAUGCUCAACAAGAAGUGGAAGCUGUUCGGCAACGAGUCGCAGGAGAAGGAUUUCGUAGUGUCCGGCGGAUUGCUCUGGUGGCAGGGCUUCAUUGUCAUGGGCUGCUAUUCUCUGCUUGAUCGCACCGAGGAGCUGCGCUGCUACCCAGCCGAUUGUAAGCUGGAUAAUCAGUUUGGACAUAAGCUACAGGUGCGCGCUCCUGUCAUCAGCUUGAAUGCCUUCAGAGAUCAGCUGAUUGUGCUCACAGCGGAUGGCAUCGUCAGCCUGUUCCACAUGCACAGGCAGUCGGCGUACAUCAUCAACAUCGAUUGCGCCUAUGAGCUGGACGUGAAGAGCAUUUGCAUACAUCCGGCUUGCAUUGUGAGUCUCACGGUUACGAAUCUGCGGAAUGAGCUGAAGCCUCAGCAUCAGCAGGCGGAGGCAGAGACGAUUGUGGUCAAUGUCUGUGGACGCGUGCUGAUGAUCCAGAGGGACGAGGCGACACAGCAGGUGCCCAAUACGCUGCUGGCCACCUGCUUGGCCAGCUGCGUGGAAUGCUUCUGGCUCUCCCACAACUUGGAGCACUGCGCCAUGCGGGACUGCCUCUGGCUCUAUUCCGGAGCGCAUGGCAUGCGCGUCUGGCUGCCCAUACUGCAGCAGCGUUCGGAGCAGAACGGGGCACAGCGGCUGCACAGCUUCAUGUCCAAGCGCAUCAUGCUCAGCUUCCCUCUGAAGCUUUAUCCCCUCGUCAUACUAUUCGACAACGUCAUUGUGCUGGGCGUGGAGAACGAGAGCACGCUGUACACGAAUGAGCCGAACUCGCACUUCGCUCUGCCCUUUGCUCUGAUGGAGCGCAAGUCGCAGGUCUAUUUGCACAAGGUGCUUAGGCAGUUGAUCAAACGCAAUCUGGGCUACUCGGCCUGGGAGAUUGCGCAAUCUUGUCGCAGUUUGCCUUACUUUCCGCAUGCCUUGGAGCUGCUGCUGCACGAGGUGCUGGAGGAGGAGGCCAGCAGCAAGCAGCCCAUACCCGAUGCACAGUURCCCAGCAUCCUKGACUUCAUUCGCGAGUUUCCCGUGURUCUACAGACGAUCGUGCAGUGCGCGCGCAAAACCGAAAUCGCACUUUGGCCGUAUUUGUUCAGCAUGGCGGGCAAGCCGAAGGAGCUGUUCCACCUCUGCCUGCAGGCGGAGCAGCUCGAAACGGCGGCCAGCUAUCUGAUCAUCAUACAGAAUCUGGAGCCCUCCUCUGUGAGCAAGCAGCACGCGAACAUGCUGCUGGACAUCGCAUUGAAUCAGCGCAAGUGGGAGCUGGCCAAGGAUCUGAUACGCUUCCUCAAAGCCAUAGAUCCCAAUGAGAUUGAUUCGCCGCGCUGCUCGAUGGUGCUGAAUGUCAAAAUCGCACCGCCUCAGCCCCAGACGCAGGCGCAAGUGAAUCCCAAUGCGGACGCCUUCAACCUGGUGCUGGGGCCCAUAGCCACGCGGGAGCGCAGCUACUCGACCACCGUCACCAGCAACUUGCCCAAGGACAACAAGCAGCAGAGCGUGGCUGCAUCUGUGGAGCGCAGCGAGGCGCCUAGCGCUGGCAGCAACGCUGGCCCCGCGACUGUCGUGCGCCGUCGCUCCACCAAGGAGCGGCAGCAGCGUGAGAUCUUCUGCAUCGAUUUGAUAUUGCAGCGGCAUGCACGACAGCUGCUGCAGCAACACAAGCUGCUGGACCUGGGCUACAUGUGYGCCUAUCUGGAYUUCCAUGUGGUCAGCUGGCUAACGCAGGAGUCGACAGGAGCAGCGCGGCUGGACAAUAUAGCGGCGGCGCUGCAAGCUUUGCACGCGGAGCUGCGGCUACCCAGUCCGUUUGCAGGAGCUGGGCGCGAUGACUUUGCUCAGCUACGAGGCACGCUGCCUCGUGCGGGAGCAGCUGGAGGAUCGUCAUCGCAGACCUCGGAGUCGGGCUACUUUAGUCUGGCCGCGCACCUGGAAUCGCCGCAACUGCAGCCUUGCAUCAAGGAGGAGGAGGAGCUGCAGCAGAGCUCGCUGCCAAUCCUGAAGAAUCGGUCGAAUUCGCAGUUGUCCUUCGAUAACUUCCGCUAUCGCCGGCUCUACUCGUUGCCCGCCUCGGAGGACGACAACAGCGAAAUUGUGGCCAGCUAUCUGAACGAUAAGCUAGCGAUCAAGCUGCGCUACCUGCURCAGCUCUUCAUCGAGGCCAACUGCACGGACUAUGCCCUCAUGCUCUCCAUACUGCUGCAGGAUGCGGCCUCCAUUUCGCGCAUUGUCAACGUGGUCAUCCGCAGCGAGUCCGUGGGCGCCUGUAGGCGCAUAGAGGCGGCCCUCAAGCAGCUCAGCCAGUGCAUCUUCGACAACGGGAGUUCCAUGUAUCGCGGCUUUGUGAUGACCCUGCAGCCGCACAUUUACCUGUUGGAGCAGUACAUACAGUCGCUGGGCGAGACGCCGACGAUGCACGACAGCAUAGACGACAGCAAUGAGCUGAGCGCCGAUGGGGCGUCCGGCUUGGAGAACGAUGCUUUGGAUGGAAGCAACAACAAUUUUGUGCCAAAAUGUCAGCAGCUGCCCAAUGGCAUUCAGCGAGCGUCAGAGCAGCGGCUGACGCGUCACGCCAGUCUCGAAUCCAAGKCGAAAGCCAAUGGCAGCCAGACGAAUCCUUCCUCCACGCAAUCCACUCCCACUCAGCAGCUGCAGCGCCGCGGCAGUCGAGAAGCUCCCCGGGACGGCUGCGGGGUCAUGUAAGGGCUACGUGCAUUCGUGCAAGAAAUUGGAAAUAGCAUACUCAGUGCAUGUACGUAAUAUACACGAUUUUGUCAUUUAUGUUU